AUGGAUGUCUUCAGUUUUGGGGUGUUAGUUCUUGAAAUUGUAAGCGGUAAAAAGAUUGGUAGUUUCCGAUAUGGCGAAAAUGAAGUGGACCUGUUAACUUAUGCCUGGAGAAAUUGGAGGGAGGAUACAAUUGAAAACAUCAUAGAUCCCGUGUUGACAGCAAGUUCACGAAUCGAAACGAUGAGAUGCAUCCACAUUGGUUUACUGUGUGUGCAAGAAAAUGUGGUAGACAGGCCAACGGUGGCUUCAGUUGUAUCCAUGCUUAACAGCCAGUCUCUCGCACUUUCAGUACCGUCGCAACCUGCAUUCUAUAUUCAUUACAAGACUGGAUCAGACAUAUCGACAUUAACCGAGUCAGACCAAUCCAAAAGCCUCUCGAGUAGAUUAAAGUUUUCAGAUUCCUAUUGCUUUCAAUUCGAGAUACGAAAUGAGAGGAACUCAAACAGGAGCGCCGUGAUCAUUGUUAUGCCAACUGUUGGUCUUGUGAUAAUUGUUAUCAUAAUUGGUGUCAUUUUGAGAAUGAGGAAGCCAAAGAAACAUGUUGAAAGUAGAAGCGCAGAAUCCUUACAAUUCGACUUUGGCACAAUUCGAGCUGCGACAGAUAACUUUUCUGACUCAAAUAAGCUCGGGCAAGAUGGAUUUGGUGCAGUUUACCAGGCCUGCCAAUGGGCAAGAAAAAUAGCGGUGAAAAGGUUAUCUAGAGAUUCUAGACAAGGAGAUCAAGAAUUUAAGAAUGAGGUGUUAUUAGUGACUAAGCUUCAACACCAAAAUUUAGUUAGGCUUCUAGGUUUCUGUUUAGAAGGAAAUGAAAGGCUUCUUGUGUAUGAGUUUGUUCCUAAUGCAAGUCUUGAUCAGUUCAUUUUUGGUACGGUUUUCGUUCUCUCCCACUGUCUGCAUAAUAUCCCAUUAAGUGCUAACUUCUAG